GAAGUCCAAGAUUGACAUGCAUUACACCAAUGACCUGGGUGUGGAGGAUGGUGACAUUGUCAGUGGUCUGCACCAUGCUAUCCCCCAGCAUUCCCUGUUCUCUACUCCUCUGGGCCACAGCCAGCCUGUCGGAAAAGUGUUUGUGGAGAGAAACAGUGAGUGUCCUCUCUCUCUCUUAUCUUAACAUAAGAUUGGAGCGUACAACCAAAUCUUGCUGCAUCGGCAAAACAAACCCAAACAAUGGUACAAUGGCGCUGAAAACUCUCAAAAAAGUAUUUAACUUCUUAAAGUAAUCACUAGUCCUGGAAUAAUAAACUAUUUCAAUGGAGAGCUAACACCAAUACUGACCUCAUAACACCAAUACUGACCUCAGAACACCAAUACUAGCUUCGUAGUCCAGGACUAGACUGAAUCUGUGUCCGGGAAAUUGGCCCUCCCCUUUUGAAUUCAGACCCUGGUCAGGCGCUAACCAGUUUGUUGUCUGAUUUCCUUCAGGGCGUUUCCAGCCAACUGACCCGCCCAAACACAGUGCACAUCUGGAGGACUACAUGGAGGCCACGCCCCUCUGGACAACCAGGGAUGUAGCUAUGAGAGUACACAGUGGAUUCAGGUGAGUGACAUGCCCCCUUUGCAGAGGCUUGGAUGUGAUUACUGCCCAGUGGCGCAGUGGUCUAAGGCUCUGCAUCGCAGUGCUAGCUGUGCCAUUAGAGAUCCUGGUUCGAAUCCAGGCUCUGUCGUAGCCGGCCGCGACCGGGAGACCCCAUGGGGCGGCGCACAAUUGGCCCAGUGUCGUCCGGGUUAGGGGAGGGAAUGGCCGGCAGGGAUGUUGCUCAGUUGGUAGAGCAUGGCGUUUGCAACGCCAGGGUUGUGGGUUCGAUUCCCACGGGGGGCCAGUAUGAAAAAAAAAAAAUAAUAAUAAUAAUGUAUGCAUUCACUUAACUGUAAGUCGCUCUGGAUAAGAGCGUCUGCUAAAUGACUAAAAUGUAAAAUUACUGACACUUUGUGUCUGUUUCUCUCCAGAGUGAUAGGUCUGUUCUCCCAUGGCUUCCUGGCUGGCUAUGCAGUGUGGAACACCGUGGUGGUGUACGUGUUAGCUGGGGAGCAGUUCACCACCCUCCCUAACCUGCUGCAGCAGUACCACUCCUUGGCCUACCCUGCCCAGUCUCUCCUCUACCUACUGCUGGCUAUCAGCACGGUGUCCGCCUUCGACAGGUAAGGAUGGCAUGGAUUAUAGAGUUUAGAGACAGACUUUCCGUUUCUGUGAGCACUUCGAUAUAGAAACGGUGUUGUUCUCGUGUCGGAGGUUGGUCUAGUGGUCGACACAACCGCCUCUGGACUACACAUGCCCUCCAACAGCGGGCGGUUUGAAUCACAGUAGGACCGGUUUCUUCUUGUCGUCUACCUAUCCGUCUGUCUCAUGGCCAUGCUCUGUGUUGCAGGGUGAACCUGGCUAAGGUAUCCGUCUGUCUCAUGGCCAUGCUCUGUGUUGCAGGGUGAACCUGGCUAAGGUAUCCGUCUGUCUCAUGGCCAUGCUCUGUGUUGCAGGGUGAACCUGGCUAAGGUAUCCGUCUGUCUCAUGGCCAUGCUCUGUGUUGCAGGGUGAACCUGGCUAAGGUAUCAGUCUGUCUCAUGGCCAUGCUCUGUGUUGCAGGGUGAACCUGGCUAAGGUAUCCGUCUGUCUCAUGGCCAUGCUCUGUGUUGCAGGGUGAACCUGGCUAAGGCCUCCAUGGCUCUGAGAGGGUUCCUCACCCUGGACCCGGCUGCUCUGGCCUCCUUCUGUAAGUUCAUCUUCUCACUAGUUUAUAACAACAUCCUAUGAUCUGUUGCCCCUUCUCUUAGUAACCCACGUACAAGGACAAAGACAAAACAUUCUGUGAGAUAUGAUGUACAUAACAAAAAGUCUCCUUCCUUCCCUUGUGGUUUUCCAGUGUACUUUACAGCGCUCAUCCUGUCUCUCAGUCAGCAAAUGACCAGCGAUCGCAUCAACCUAUACCCCACUGCCAACGAGACCCUGUGGUGAGCACCGCACAGCUCCCUGGUCUAGGUCUAAAAUGGCAACCUAUUCCCUAUAUAGUACUGCGAUCACUAGGGUCUAUCAGUCAUUUGUUGCGUUCCAAAUGGCACCCUGUUCCCUACGUAGGGCACUAGUUUUGACCAGAGCCCAAAGGGAAUAGGGAUGCCAAUUGGGAUGCAGGUAUUAUUGUCUCUCAGACUGUUACUCUGACACAUGGCUGUAGACUGCUAUUGGGUUACUAACACUGAAGCUUCAGAAAGCUAUUCAGGACACCUACUGUGUUUUUCCUGAUGACUCCCUUUCCCUUUGGAAAUAUGACAAAACAUCAACAACAAGUGUAAAAAACACUGUUUAUAUAACAAAGAGCACAAGUUACAACAGAGACAUUAUUUAAAGCAGAACAGCUUUGUCCAGUUUUUAAUGUCAUCCUAAAUGCAAACAUAACACAAACCUUUCAAACCCCACUCCCCUUACACCCCCCUUCUAACUCCUAAUUUAACAGGGUCCAAGGAAAGGGAACCCCGGGGCCUCCCUCGGGCCCUUCCCCCCAACCUCGGUUUUCCUCCCCCUUUCCCCCCCCCCCUUUUUAAAUUUUAUUUCUGCCCCCCAAAACUUUUUUAAAAAAACCCCUUCUUCCCCUCCCCCCCGGUUUGGGGUUACACCCCCCGGGCCCCUUUUUCCCCCUUUUCGGCGGGCCUUUUUGGGGGCGUUAAAAAGGGAAAACCCUCAAAUUUAGGUCCCGGGAAAUUUCCCAUCCCCCCCUCCCGGCUUGCCCUCUCUUUUUUUCCGCCAAAACGAGGGCCCCCCCAAGGGGGCCCCGGGGGGCAACAGAAAAAGGAAAAAGGGGGACCGGCCCCUUUUCCCAGGCUCUUUCCCCCACGAGAGGAGAAAAAUUUUCCCUCUCCUAUCAAUCUCUCUCCGCUCCCCAUGUGCGUCUCCUCUCCCUCUCGGUCUCUCCCUUCUCUCUCUCCCCUUCUCUCUCCCCCUCCCCCUCUCCCCCCUCCAGGCCCCCUGGCUCAGAGCAACCAAAUCCUCCAGCCCUGGAUAGUGGUAAACCUGGUGAUAGCCCUGGUUAGUGGGUCUGGCCUGGGCCUUUGUCUCAACACGACCAGACAUGGACUACACCGA